AUGGCUGACGCAGCGGGCUGGAGCACAAUUGAGUCUGAUGAGGGCGUCUUCACAUCUCUAGUCGAGAACCUCGGCGUCAAGGGCGUGCAAUUCGAAGAGCUUAUUUCUCUUGACCCCGACACAAUACUCUCACUGGGAACCGUCUACGGCGUAAUCUUCCUCUUCAAAUACCUCCGCCAAACACCCACCACAUCCACCACAUCCUCCGCGGACGGCACCCCAACAGACCCCUCCACCCUCCCACCAACCUUCUUCUUCGCAAACCAAACAAUCCAAAACGCAUGCGGCACACAGGCGAUCCUCUCCGUCCUCCUAAACCACGACACCGCCAGCCCCGAAAACAACAACGAGCCCAUCACCCUCGGCCCCGAACUCUCCUCCUUCAAGGACUUCACAACAGGAUUCCCCUCCGACCUCCGCGGCGAGGCGCUCUCAAACUCCGAAGUCAUCCGCUCAGCGCACAAUGCGUUCGCGCGCGCAAGCCCCUUCGUCGACGAGACGAACCGGCCGCAGAACGAAGACGAGGAAGGCGAUGUAUACCACUUCAUUGCGUACACGCCUGUAAACGGGACGUUGUACGAGCUGGACGGGCUGCAGGCGAGUCCGAUUUCGCAUGGCCCGUGCGAUGCGGCGUCCUUCCCGGAGAAGGUGAUUGGGGUUUUGCAGAAGCGGAUUGCGCGGUAUCCGGAGACGGAGACGAGGUUUAACCUUAUGGCUGCUGUGCGGGAUUUGAGGAUCCGGGCGGCGGAGAUGGGGGAUCAGGAGGCGUUGCGGGCGGAGGAGAGGAAGAGGGCUGCGUGGGCUUGGGAGAAUUCGUUGCGCAGGAGUAACUUUGUGGGCUUUAUUGGUGAGGUGCUGAAGGGAGUUACUGCGAAGAAGGAAGAGGAGGGGAGCGUUGAAGAGUGGGUGAAGAGGGCGGAGGAGGAGACGGCAAAGAGGUUGAGGCGUUAA